AAUUUAGUAAAACCCCAAAGAUAUCAUCUUUUCCAUUGAAACACCUUCUUCUUCUGGUAGUACCAAAAAUCAAAAUGAAUUCAUCAUCAUCAACAAAACCCCCAAAAUUCAACCUCCAAACAACCCUUAACAAACUCCAAACUCAAUUCUCAUCUUUUUUCUUUCAAAACCUCAAUACUCACAAAACCAAUUUCUUAAACCCUAAUAAUCCCACCAAUUUCACUUUUGAAUUAACAAACACCACUAACCAAACAAACCCUUUUCUUCUAUCUUUUGCCAAAAACCCUUUAUGGGCCAGAAUCAGCAAUGAUAAUAAAGCUGUUGCCUUUGGUGGGGGGAUGAAAGAUGAGGAUAUCGAACAACGGUUGGCCGGUGUGCCGGUUUAUGCUCUCAGUAAUUCUUCUGAGGAGUUUGUUGUGGUGUCGGGUCAGGACCCGGUAAAGUCGUUGGGGUUGUUGUGUUUUAAAGAAGAAGAUGCUCAGACAUUGCUUGGACAGAUGAAAUCUAUGGAUCCUAGAAUGCGGCCCGGGUCUAAAGUUGUUCCGGUUGCUCUUAGUAUGGUUUUCCAGCUUAAAGUUAAUGGAGUAUCCUUUAGGUUUAUUCCAGAGUCGUCACAGAUAAAGAAUGCAAUUGAGGAAAGACGCAAGGCUGGUAUAUCGGAUGACAGCUUUUCUGGUGUUCCUGUUUUCCAGUCAAGGAGUUUGGUGCUAAGGAGCCAAAACAGAAGGUACCGUCCUGCGUUUUUCAGAAAGGAGGACCUUGAAAAGUCUUUAGCAAAAGCUUCUGUUCAGCAAAAGCAUUUGAAUCCUGCCCUUAGGGUGGGUGAUCUUGAGGUUGCUGUUCUUGAGGACAUAAUACAUGGGAUGAAGGAUGAUUCUACUACUGUUUGGGAUGAUGUUGUUUUUAUCCCUCCUGGUUUUGAUGUUUCAACUGAUGCAUCCAGGCAAUAAAAAGUAGCUGCAAUUGUGCUUGGGUAUUAUCAUUUAAUGGCUUGCACUGUGUUUGGAAUGUGUUUGCGAAGAUCGGUUGAUAAUAGAUAUAUCAGGUCGGUCAGUUGCAUCGUCGCUUUGUAUAUUCAUAUCCACCCAUCUAUGGCCGAGUCAGUUUUGAAAAGUUUAGUCUGUUCAUGUGUAAGAUAAUGAUUGUCAUCAAACUUAUGAGAUCCUUUUUUCUUGUAGACUUACAAUGUGUUCUUGACUAGAUUUGCCUGAUGUACUGAAAAAAGAUAUCAACAUUGACCCCAAA